CUGAUCCAAUCGCGUUGCCUCCUUUGUCGGCGUGCUCUCCCCGCCCCUGGCCAUCUUCAUUUCGCUUCCUCCGCCGCCUCAAUUGCCGCCGCCGCUGCCGUCGUUGUCGUGCGCCUGUCGCCGCCCGCGUCCUCUUCUUCGUCCUUCAACUCUCCCAUCGGUUCCGCUUCUUUUGCUGUUUCCACCUAUUCUCUUUUAUCCGUAUCUCCUUCCUCUCUCUCUGUUGUUUCUGAAUGGCUCCGCCACACGUUCUCGCUGUGCCUUUCCCUGCUCAAGGCCAUGUCAUUCCCCUCAUGGAGCUCUGCCACUGCUUGGUAGAACACGGCUUCAAGGUCACCUUCGUCAAUACCGAGUUCAACCACAAGCGUCUGCUCGCCGCGUUGUCCGAGGAGAGCACCGUGGACCAGAUCGCUCUGGUCUCUGUCCCCGACGGAUUAGGGCCGGCGGAAGACCGGAACGAUCUCGGGAGGCUAACGGAAGCAUUCACGAAGGUAAUUCCGCUGUGCUUGGAGGAACUAAUCGAGAAGAGCAACGAAACAGAGGAUCCGAUGACUUGCAUGUUGGUGGAUGUGAAUAUGGGAUGGGUGCGGGAGGUUGUCGGUAAGAAGGGUCUCCGGUCAGCCUUUUUCUGCCCGGCGGCAGCCCAGUCGCUGGCCAUUCUGCUGAGCAUUCCGGAGUUGAUUUCGAGAGGCAUCGUCGAUGCCGAUGGCACAACGAUCUCAGAACACGAAAGGUUCCAGCUCGGCCCCGGCUUGCCAUUCAUCGACGCACCCCAGUUGACAUGGAACUUUUGUGGUGGAGACGGAAGAACCAAAAAGCUAAUCUUCAACUACGCCGUCAACAACAACAGGGCCAUCAGCGUCGCGGAAUUCAUCAUCUGCAACUCCUUCAAAGAGCUCGAAGAGCCAACCUUCCGUUACUAUCCAAAAAUUCUUCCAAUCGGGCCGCUGCUAACCGGCCUCCGGCCGAACCGCGCCGUGGGGAAUUUCUGGCCGGAGGACGCGGCCUGCUUGUCGUGGCUGGACGAGCAGCAGCCGGGUUCCGUCGUCUACGUGGCUUUCGGGAGUUUCACCAUCUUCGACCGCGGCCAGUUCCAGGAGUUCGCGCUCGGGCUGGAGGCGACUGGCCGACCGUUCUUGUGGGUGGUCCGGCCCGACCUAACCGGUGACUCUGCCGAUGCCUAUCCGGAUGGUUUCAAAGAGCGUGUCGGAGACAGAGGGAGGAUUGUGGCUUGGGCACCUCAACAGAAGGUGCUGGCUCACCCUUCUGUCGCUUGCUUCGUGUCUCACUGCGGUUGGAACUCCACCAUGGAAGGCGUCAGGAACGGGAAGCUCUUCCUCUGUUGGCCAUAUUUUACGGACCAAUUCCUGAACCAGAUCUACAUUUGUGACGAUUGGAAGGUGGGUUUACGCUUGACGCCUGACGAGAGUGGGAUCGUUAAGCGGGAACAGGUGAAAUCCAAGGUAGAAGAGUUGCUUUCGAACGAGGAGAUGAGAGCAAGGGCAUCGAUGUUGAAGGAGAAUGCCCUGCAGAACAUUAACGAAGGCGGCGCUUCGUUCGAGAAUCUUAAGACCUUCAUGGAUGCUUUCAAAGCAUAGUGAUUUAGUGAUUCGAAGAACAAAUAAAAUGCUUGACAUCUUCUCCCAAAUUUGAUGUUUUCUUAUGGCUAAUAGAAGUAAAAGCUACAAAACUCAGGUUUAGGGCCAAAGAACGUUGACUUCAAUCAUUUCUGCAGUCCAGUUAUUUAAAUUACGACGUCUAGAUUAUUAUUAUUUACAGUAUUAACUUCGAUUGGGCAUUCGUGCAAAUGCCCAAUACUACGUAAUUUUGCAAGCGGAGAUAGUAGAAAAAAAAAAUCUGAAUUUUAAAAAACUUUAAUUCAGUUCAGAUUUAUACUGAGCCGUAUGAGAUCAGAGAUAAUAUGUUUUGCAUAUGGCGAUACUAUUGAGUGGAAGAAAGAUUUUGAAAGGGAGGAAAAGAUACUCAGCUGAAGUAGGAAAAGAGUUUCGACUGUCUUUCUUCUUUCUUCUUUCUGUGGGCACUCAAACGAACUAAUAAAAUAUUACGGUAAAAAUUAGGGAAAAGAUUUCUAAUGUAGAUUCUUUUAUACUCAAGUCAGUAGAUAAUUAGGUAAAAAAUCGAGAAGGAUUAUGAUAAAAUUGAGUGCGCAUAAUAGAGAGAAAGCUAGUAUUCUCAUAAGUAAAGUGUGUAAACAACGUACCUCCAGCGGAAAGAAUUUUUUUAUAUCACCUCUGAUAACUUUGUAAUAAUGAGGUGACAAAAAAUAUUCGGUGUCAAAAGAUGUCAGAUACUGGAAGGCGUAUAGUCUAGCAUUUGUACAGUUAUUCUCCGAGAAAUCUUUUGUUAUAUCUGUAUAAAUAGUCUCGUGCAACCUUCGCAAUAAUGAUGGAAGUUAUAUAAUUACCUUUGUAAAAAGGUUCCAUUGAAUGCAUAUGUUAUAACUAAAGUAUAUUAUCUGAUAGGUAGCUUUUAUUUUGACAAUCU